CGCGGGGUUUGAUGGGAAGGAGUUGGCCGGCCGCGCUCUCUGUCAGUGGCGGCUGCUGCUCGCUCCGGAGGCGGGCUGCGCGGUGGCUGCCGGAGCCGGCCGAGGCGGACGCCCGCGCCGGGCUGCGCCCGCUUCUCGAAGCUGUGAAUUUCUUUGGACAAUUGAUGAUAUUUAUCGUUGUGCCCAGUUUCUACAAUUAAAAGAUGGGUGGAUUAUUUUCCCGAUGGAGGACAAAACCUUCAACUGUAGAAGUUCUGGAAAAUAUAGAUAAGGAAAUUCAAGCAUUGGAAGAAUUUAGGGAAAAAAAUCAGAGACUACAAAAAUUAUGGGUUGGAAGAUUAAUUCUUUACUCCUCAAUUCUCUAUCUGUUUACAUGUUUAAUUGUAUACUUGUGGUAUCUUCCUGAUGAACUUACAGCAAGACUUACCAUGACACUCCCAUUUUUUACUUUCCCAUUGAUCAUCUGGAGCAUAAGAACGGUGCUUAUAUUCUUCUUUUCCAAGAGAACAGAAAGAAAUAAUGAAGCAUUGGAUGAUUUAAAAUCCCAGAAGAAAAAAAUACUUGAAGAAGUCAUGGAAAAAGAAACUUAUAAAACAGCUAAAUUAAUUCUUGAAAGGUUUGAUCCAGAUUCAAAGAAAGCAAAGGAGUUUGAGCCGCCAUCUGCUGGACCAGAUGUAACUGCAAGACCUGGACAAGAGAUUCGUCAGCGAACUGCAGCUCAAAGAAAUCUUUCUUCAACACCAGUAAGGUCUAGCCAGGGCCCUCCUCCACAAGUUCCAGUUUCUCCUGGUCCAACAAAGGACACUUCAGCCCCUGGUGGGCCCCCAGAAAGAACUGUUACUCCAGCCCUAUCAUCAAAUGCGUUACCAAGACGUCUUGGAUCCCCUGCUACUUCUGUGCCUGGAAUGGGUCUUCAUCCUCCAGGUCCACCUUUAGCUAGACCCAUUCUCCCCCGAGAACGAAGUGCUUUGGAUAGAGUUGUUGAAUAUUUAGUUGGUGAUGGUCCACAAAACAGGUAUGCCCUUAUAUGUCAGCAGUGUUUUUCUCAUAAUGGCAUGGCAUUGAAAGAAGAAUUUGAAUACAUUGCUUUUCGGUGUGCCUACUGUUUUUUCUUGAAUCCUGCAAGAAAAACCAGACCUCAGGCUCCAAGACUGCCAGAGUUUAGUUUUGAGAAGAGGCAGGCUGUGGAAGGCUCAAGUUUAGUUGGCCCCUUGCCCGCAGGAAGUGUGAUUUCAUCAGAGAACCUGAUAAGUGAAGAAUCUUUAGAAGAACAAGAUGUUUUGGGUAACACUGCAGAGCAGAUAGAGGACAAAGUAACAGACACAGAGCAAACAAAUGAAGUGAUUGAAAAAGCAUCUGGUACAGAGGAACCAGAAGAAAAGCAAGAGGAGACUGAGAAGGAGGAAACCUCAGCGAAUGAAGCCAAAUCAAUAGUUUCCAAAGCUGAUUCUGUUCCUGAUUCUAUUUCUGAUGCUAUUCCUGAUUCUAUUCCUAAUCCUGAAUUAAGUGGAGAAUCAUUGAUGACGUAGUAAAUGCUUCCACAUGCCUUCAAUUGGAUAGCUGUAGUUUGUUGAUAUCAGUUAUUGCUUUUUAGGCGGUGCUUUUUUUCUCUCUCUAAGGAUAUGCUUGAUAUCAUUUGAAUUCAGAUUGCUUAGCUAUUUCAAUUUGUCAAAAUUGUAUCUAUUAGGUAUUAAAACUACAAGCAAGUGAUAUCAGUAAAGUAAAAUAUUUUUGAAUGUACAAAGACCCACACUGGCUUUUAGAUUUUUUUUUUUUUUUUGCAUUCUAAAAGUAAACAAACAUGAUAGCAUUCUUGUUUUUUAUAUGUGUGACCUGUAAAUAAUAUCCAUUUUUGACAUAGGAAGAACUUUGGUUAGAAAUAAGUUCUAACUGUUUGUUUUAAGGAAUGAAACUCAAGAUUUUUAAUAGUUCAUCAUUAAAAAUGGAUAGAAGUUUUACUCUCAAGAUAUUUGCCAGGGGCAGGGAAAUGUCUAUUUAGGCAUUUACAUUAAGCACUAUAAAAGUUCUAACUAUAUAGGCAUUGAUAGGAAUUCUCAGUAAGAAUGCAAUUGAAUAGUCAAGUGCAGUGUUUCUUUUUUGAUGUCUCUUAUUUUGCAGCUGGGCCAAAGGCACAUAAUAUUAUAAUUAGCUUAUGUUUACAUAGCAUAGGAAAUAUUUCUGCACUUGACUGUAACGAGUUCUGAGCAUUAUUUAUACUUGUAAAAUAAUGAUAUUAUAAGUGCAUUUUGUGCUCUUGUGUGUAUUUUGUUAAGGAAAAUAAAGAUGAUCUGGCAGUAGUUUCUUUUUGUUAAAUAUCUAGACUUCUUUAGACAGAAUCUAGGUGGAUGACUUAGCUACCUGAAAAAAUCUUAGCAGGAAGAGCUCACAAUACAACUCUGUAGCUACUGCUGAGGGCAAUUUAUGAUGCUUUUAUUGAGACUUGUUACCUUCUGAAUGCACGGAACUAGUGACCUUUAGAGGUUCUAAUCAGAGAUUAGGUUUUUCUGAUUCAGGAAAACUAUAGGCCAUUUGUAAUUUAUAAUUUUGAGAAAUACAUAAGUUCUAUGAGAAUAGGCAGUUCAUUGGACUUAAUAUGUGUUUCAAAGAUUAACUGAGAAAAAUUUUGAUCCAGAAUAGUAACACUGUAGUUAAUCUUUUCUGUCUUUCACCUCUCUUCUCCAUUAUUAAAAAAAAUUAAAUCAAGUUAUGACAAAAGGAGAAAUGUAUAGGAAUGGUGUGUAUAGCAAAUAUUUCUAAGUUGUACAUAGCUUAUUAAAAUUUUAAUAAAAUGACAUUUGUUAUUUAAAA